UUUCGAAACUAACCUAAAAUUAUUUGUAUAGUAACAAUUCCUUAAAAAUACACGUCAGAAGUAAACUAAAGUGCGUGGGAUUUAAAUAAAAAGAGGUCAAUCUGCAUACUCUUAUAAUUACUCUCUUCAGAAGUCCAUAUUUAUUUUACUAAUUUGGUCAAUGAUGUCCUUUAAAAACUAUUUAAUACUCGUUUGUGUAAUAACUGUUGUAGUGGUUGCUACCGCAAGUGAUAAUGAAGACUUUUAUAAAUUAUUAAAUGUAGCAAGAGAUGCGACAAGUAAAGAAAUUAGACAGGCUUUUAAGAAAUUAGCCGUUAAAUUACAUCCAGAUAAAAAUAAGGAUGACAAGGAUGCUGAGACUAAAUUUAUAAGAAUAACUAAAGCUUAUGAGAUAUUAAAGGAACCAGAGUCACGGAAAAAGUAUGAUCUGUAUGGUGACACAGGAGAAGACAAGAAACACAAUUAUCACAGUUAUACAUAUUACAGAGAUGUUUUUGGUAUUUACGAUGAUGAUCCUUUGAUAACAACUUUAAGUAGGGCAGAUUAUGAACUUAGUAUAAUCGACAGUAGUCAAGCAUGGUUUGUUAAUUUUUACUCACCCCAUUGUCAUCACUGUCAUGAAUUAGCACCUACUUGGAGAAAACUUGCCAGGAAUUUGGAAGGUGUUGUUAGAAUUGCAGCAGUUAAUUGUGAAGAGGAUUGGAUGAUUUGUCAUGAAUUAUCAAUAGAUUCCUAUCCAACUUUAUUGUUUUAUGAAAAGGCUGCUAGAUUAUUUGAUGGCCAGUUCUACAAUGGAAAACGCACAUUAGAAGAUUUAGAAGACUUUGUAAUUUCCAAACUUACUGCAGAUGUUGUUCCCAUUCAAGAUGAAAUUUGGGACUCAGAUGAAUUUAAAAAACAGCCUUGGCUACUGCUGCUUUGUCCUCCUAAUAAUCCUAAUUGUCCUGAAAGAAAUUCACAAAUUAAAUUAGCUACAUCAUUGGAAGGUUUAAUGUCUGUUGGAUUGAUAAAAGACAAAGAGCUUUCUAAGAAAUUUACAUCUGAUUACAUAAAAAAUCCAAUAGUGUUUUGGCAAUUGACUGAAUUUUCAGAGAUUCACAUUGUAGGUGGAAGUGAUUUCAAAGAAAUUGUUGAAAAUGUUUUAAGUCUUCUUCCUGAUUUGCAGCACUUAAAUGAUGAAGCUUUUUCAGAUGCUCGCACUAGACUCAGAUUGGGUUCAGACAAACCGUGGCUAAUAUGCUUCUAUAUGGGCACUGCAACUCAACUAAAUCUACACCUGAAACGUUUACCAGCUGUUUUACCCCAUAUGAAUCUCGGUAUGAUACACUGUGGAAAAAAUGCUGACUUAUGUUCAAGCCUUCAUGUUAACCAUUAUCCUGCUUGGGGUGUCUUGAAAUCAGGAGGCGCAUUUGAAUUACACCAUGGCCAAAACGGGUUCCACGAAAUUGUUACUUUCGCUAAAGACAGCAGUAAAUCAACUAAUUUACAUGCCCUUUCACCCGCUGAUUUUUAUACCAUUGUGAAAGACGGAAGUGGCGCUUGGUUUAUUGACUGGUACGCCCCUUGGUGUCCUCCCUGUAAGAGAUUAAUGCCCGAAAUAAGAAAAGCUAGUCAACAUUUCUCUCCUGAGAACGUUAAAUUUGGUACAAUCGAUUGCACACUUCACACGAAUUUGUGUAGUAGAGAGGGUGUUAUGUCGUAUCCUACCACCACUUGGCACAACGGAAGCAAAGUGCAUCAUUUUCGUGGCGUUUUGAAUGAGAGAGGCAUAAUCGAAUUUGUUGAGGACAUGCUAAACCCUAAAGUCAUUGAGCUGGAUAGUUCUACAUUUGGUAGACUGGAAACUAAACCAGAAAAUGAAAUGUGGUUGGUAGAUUACUAUGCCCCGUGGUGCAACCCUUGCCAGAUGUUAGCUCCAGAACUGAGAAAGCUAGCAAAACAAAUUGCAGAUAUAGAUUACAUAAAAAUCGCUCAAGUUGAUUGUGACGCAAAUCCAGAACUGUGUUCAGCCCAGAAUGUUAGGGCUUAUCCCACCAUAAGACUGUACCCUUUGGGUUCGAAGGGAAUGAAUACCGUGGCAAUUUAUAAUAGCCACAGGGAUGCAAUGAGCAUGAAAAGUUGGCUUACAGGAUUUUUACCUUCAACUGUAGAAAAAUUGGACGCGAAAUCCUUUAAGAAGAAAAUCCUAUGGAAGAGCUACGUCUUGCCAUGGUUAAUAGACUUCUAUGCACCUUGGUGUCAUCACUGCAUACACUUUGAACCAAACUUUAUUGCUACAGCACUAGCCUUAGAAGGUGUUGUAAAGAGUGGAAAAGUAGACUGUGAAACUGAAAGGGUGUUAUGCAGGGAAUUAAAGGUAACCAGUUAUCCUACUGUGAUAUUAUAUUUAUCACCCAAUGAAAGAGUUUUUAUCGAUUCACAAGACAAAUCUAAAAUUAUUUCAUUGGUCAAAGAACACAUUAAGAAAGGCAAACAAUAUGUAAAGGAUGAACUUUAAACCAAUUUUAUUUUAGUUUUCAUUUCUAAACUAAUGCCAAAGUAUUUAUUGUGGUUUCUUUUUUCUACUUUUUUUGCGAAGUUAUAUAAUUAUAUCUA